AUGGCCGAGAAACUCGCUUCUCGAGCUGCAGGUUCAAAAGAGCCGCAAUUUGGGUCGGCGGCUUCAACGCGUCAUAAUAAAAUCGCAAGAACGUCUCUGGCUUCGGAGACACAGAUACCGGAGUCAGCGACGACCGUGGAUAGGCAAGAUCAUGCUCUACAGCACGAUACGUCCGUCAUCGGACGCCUCCCGAAUGAACUGCUGCUGAUCGUCUGGAAGCAUCUACGCCCGUUCAUCAAGACGUACACCUAUCGUGGCAAGCGUAAAGCUUCCGUGGGGAAGGAGAUUGUUGCGUCUCUCCCGUACCCGUUUAUUCUCUCCUGGGUAUCCUCACGUUGGAGGACAUUGGCUAUCGGCACACCCGAACUAUGGAACCACGUGGAUGUCUCGCCCGUGUCCUCUGGUCGGAUCCUGGAGUUUCAGCUCCAGCGAUCACAGGCCUAUCCACUCCGUGUUGAACUCAGGUGUCACGCGGAUAAGCCCUUUGAGCCUGCAGUCCCCGGACCUGCCUCGCGAAUGCAGGACUUAGUGGAGCUGCUGAUAACCAGUUCAGCAGACAGAUGGGAGAGCUUGGAUGUGACCAUCGAUGGGCCGUUAGCUGUGUUCUGCACCGACAGCAACAGGUCUUUGGCUUUCCAGCUGCAAGAUGUGUCCUGUCCACGGCUGAGGGAAUUGUCGAUAAAGGAUGACCGGCGGUGCCGUGGUGAUGAAAGUUUCACUAUCCUCAAGAAGCGGCCUAGGGAUCUUUCUCGGCUCAUUGUCUCAGGAGCACCACUCAAAUCUCAUCUUCAUCUGUUUCCUGGGUUGUCAUAUCUCAGGCUGGAGUCUGUGGAUUACCUUCCGACUGCAAAGCAACUUUGUGACGCCCUUGCUACUUGCAUAUCUUUGACGGAAUUCGUCACCGUCGGAGUUUGCUUCUGGGAUUGGGCUAAAGAUCGACAGCCGAUUCAUUUACCAGCCCUCCGUACGCUCGAGGUCUCGCUGACGGGAUCGGAUGGAGGCGAGGAAUUCACUGCUCAUCUGUUCACUUGUCUAGAUGCUCCGAAUAUGCGAGAGCUACGGUUUUCCAACUGCGACGGGUACGCCGUGGCUUGCGUCAUAACGGUAUCGAAUAAAAGGCCCGCAUUUUCGCACCAAAUUACAAACGUCGCCUUGUGCCAUACCCGGGCCAUUCCCGAGUCUCGGGCACCCCGCAGAUACGCUACGCAUACGCUGCUUGCCAAGUUCUGCGCAUGUUUCCCUUCCGUGCAGGAACUACGAUUGUGUCCGUGCUGGGCGACAGAAGUAAUGGGGGUCCUCAAAAGGGUUGACCGCGUUUCUAAUGUGGAAGGUAUAUUCUGUUCGUGUCUGCGAACACUCACUCUUGACAAUCAAUAUCAUACAACCCGUGGCCUUGGUGGCGGUGCGCCGUCUCUGGAGCUGGAGGGUGAGCUACGCAACCUCAUCGAGUUUCGCAGGUCCGAGGACAUCCCUAUCGAGCAUGUCAACCUUGCCCGCCACGUUUCAUCAAUGUUCUGUUCCUCUUCUUUGACCUGGCUUCGAGAAAAUGUCCAGCUUAAGAUCACAGCCUGA